GCAAAUAAAAAUUACACGUACUCAGUAAGCAGAAACUCAACCAAAUCUACUUAUUGAAUUACACCAUGGCCGUCACAAAGAAACAAGUGAGCAUGAACAAGAGUGGAAACAAUGCCUUUGAACAAAUCACGGCAACCGCUGCAGACAAGGCUCGAGAAACGAAGGAGCAAGCUGCACUCGCCGCAGCCAUUGCCGAGACCAAGGCAACCAAGGUCAAGGAGGCAGCAAAUGCAAAGGUCAGUGAAGCUACAUUGAAGGCUAGAGAAAUGAAGGAGCAAGCUGAACUCGCCGCAGCUAUCGCCGCGAUCAAGGCGACCGAGGUCAAGGAGGCAGCAGAUGCAAAGGUCAACGACCUUCAUGACACGGCAGCACAGAUCGCCCGCGAAGCUCAUGCUAAGGCAGAAGAGCUCAGGGCGACCGCUGAAAGAAAGGUGCCAAUACGAAGGAGGCCACUGAAGAGAAGACCGAAGAGCUCCUAA